GUAUGCUGUACGUUUUCUUAGCGCGGGAAAGAAUGAUGUCGACAACUACAUACGUAAACUACAGGGAAAAGGCGAGACACACACCCCACGAAAGCCAGUUUUGAGACGUCGUUUUCGCAUAGUUUAUCAUUUUAUGUGGCUAAUAUCCUUCGAAGUGAUAUGGAUACAGAACGGAGUACUGAAAUAUGUGGGAACGUCCCGGAUGUAACAUUGUCAACACCAAAGAGGAAGGACUUCUCUACAGCUAAGGGGGCUCAUAAAAGGACCCCAUACACGGGACACAAAGUCCAUUCCAGCUUCAAAUCACCUGUCCAGACCUCCAGUACUGGCCCCGCCAAGCCUGAAGACGAGAUAGAGGAACUGAAGAAGACACGGGCGAAGUUAGACUCAGAGAUUACACUGUUGGAGAAAGAUGGGAUCAGAGUUGAUGAGUUGGAGCAGCACAUUGACUUGCUACAUGAGUACAACGACAUCAAAGACGUCGGACAGUCACUAGUAGGCAGGAUAGCUGCCCUGAGAGGAGUGACCACACGAGACCUAUAUGGCCAAUUUGGCCUUGAGCUGGAUGACUGAGGGAGAGAGAGUGGGUGCCCAUCCUAUGCUCUGCCCCCUCCAGAACAAGUUGCAUUCUUCAACAGUCUUUUCUUUGGUGGGUGUUUGGUGCGGUAUGGCCUAAUCUACAUAGGUAUAACCAUGUGUGUAGGCAGCACACCAUACACAAUUGCCCUCUGGGCCAACAACAAAAGUGGAAAUAUUCAGAACAGUACAGAGUCUGUAGACAUAAUUGUUGUACAUCGUUCUCUUUUACUAAACACCCCCCCCCCCCUCUCCUACAUUGCACUUUUAUAAGAAGGUAAUGCAUUUAUUUCCAUUAAGUAUAGUAUUGGUGCAUACUCUGCUUCAGAAGUGCAAGGGAAAACUGACUUUCAAACUAACGUCUGCUCUAUUUCCAAAUGUAGUGCUGGCAAGUUUAUUAGUAAAACAAAUGUUUUACCUCAAAUGUAUUAUUUGCUAAUUAAGUUCUGGCAAGGUCCACUAAAAUACAACUAUUUGUGCAGUAUAUUUUGUUUUUGACUGCAAAUGAUGUCUUGAAUGCAUGUUCAGAGAUAAAGUGAAUUGUCCCGGAGGGUUUGUUGGACUUGUUUGUUGGAGGAGAAAGUUCUGUUGAAGAUCACUGAGGAGAAUGAUUGUCACUGAUUGAUAAAAUAAGAGGUGCCUUGUCAUAAUCUGUGGAAACCACUGAUGAUGUUUUGUCUUGAGCUGAUAGUGGCUGUAAGAAAUGCUGCCGCAUUGCCCAGAUGAUCCAAUGAUUAGUGUGGUAGGCUUUGUGUGUGUGUGUGUUUUAUCUCCUCUUUUGCAUGAGUCAAUGAGCAUACCCAAUGGGCGUAAGCUAGUUGUUUCAACUUAAUUUUUUCAACGUAUUGUGUCGUGGAGUCAACGUGGAAAGUACAUUGGAUUUGCAGAAAGUCAUCAAUGUAAACUUGUUUUAAGGGGGAAAUUUCAGCCACAGAAUUGUCAUCACGGUAACCAAUUUUCAACAUAGACAAACCUUGUAUAAAAUAUAUUCAAUUUGUACCUUUGAAACAACAUCAGAUCGUCAACGUUCUAUCCACUAUCGGAAAAGACGAAAGGCUAGGCAGCACCUCCUACUGGAGAAUUGAUCUAUCUACAACUAUCCAUUUGGUCUCUCCUUUGUCAAGACAAUCCAUCCACCUGGCAGGUGUGGCAUAUCAAGAAGCUGAUUAACAGCAUGAUUGUUACACAGGUGCACCUUGUGCUGUGGACAAUAAAAGGCCACUCUAAAAUGUGCUGAUUUGUCACACACAACAAUGCCAUACAUUUGGAGAAUUUGGCAGUAAGGAUGAAUGCCGGUUUCAAUUGUACCGGGCAGAUGACAGACAGCGUGUAUGGCGUCAUGUGAGUGGCUUGGUGAGGUUAUGGUAUGGGUAGGCAUAAACUACGGCCAACGAACACAUCUCCAACUAAACUAAAAAUACAAGUUAAAGAAUAGGAUUAAGCCAGUGGCUCAGAUUUAAACUAUCCAAGCCUUAGAUACAUGUCCUUUAAAUGUUGAUUGUUGGUUGAGUUGUCAACCUAACACAAUUCUAUAUGACUUUUGUAAAUAGCCUAUCUUACAAACUAAUGUCAAAGUUUUUAUUCAACCUUACAAUGAGUAACCCAUCCAUGGUCACAUUUUGAGGUUGCUGUGACUAUAAAAGUCUUAUGUAAUCAUAGAAAGUGUGUAUGUUCAAGAUAGCGCGCAACGGUUCCUGGUCUGUGGAGAUCUCCACAACAUAACUAUCUGUGCAGAACCUCGAACAGCAUUGCCCACUUGCGCUAUGUACUUUUAAUGUAAUCUCAACUACAAUACUGGUCUUUUGGUUGUGCUAUUUAGUUGAAGCACAGUGAUAACAUAUUAAGUUGUUGUAUAAAUACAACAUAUCUUACAUUGUGUUCCCAUUUCAACUGUAUUGUACUUACUUGGGG